GGCUGCGGGGCGCGGCACCGCAGGGCCCGGCUCGCCCCUCCCCGCGCGUCACAUGCGCGAGGAUGCGAACUCCCCUUCCCUCCUCCUCCGCCCCCUCCGCCUCCCGGGCCUCUUCCUCCUCCCGGUGAGGGAGUGCUUGGCAGAUUGCGCGAGGGGGAGCGAGCGAGCGGGCGCUGCCGGGAGCCCGCAGCCCUGGCGCCCGCCGCCGCCCGGAGCCCCGCAAUAUGCCGCCGCGGCCGUCUGGCUCUAGGCCAUGGCGAGGCUCUGCCGGCGUGUCCCUUGCACCCUGCUUCUCGGCCUGGCCGCGGUGCUGCUGAAAGCGCGGCUGGUCCCCGCGGCCGCCAGAGCAGAACUCAGCCGCUCCGACCUCAGCCUCAUCCAACAGCAGCAGCAGCAGCAGCAGCAACAACAACAACAACAGCAAAAGCAGCUGGAGGAGGCUGAGGAGGAGAGGCCAGAGGUGCCUGGGGCAACCUCCACCUUGACGGUUCCAGUGUCUGUAUUUAUGUUGAAAGUCCAGGUGAAUGACAUCAUCAGUCGUCAGUACCUGAGCCAAGCAGUUGUAGAAGUGUUUGUAAACUACACGAAGACAAAUUCCACAGUAACUAAAAGCAAUGGAGCAGUGCUGAUAAAAGUACCCUACAAAUUAGGACUUAGUUUAACUAUUAUUGCUUACAAAGAUGGCUACGUGUUGACCCCUCUGCCUUGGAAAACCAGAAGAAUGCCAAUAUAUUCAUCAGUUACACUUUCACUGUUCCCGCAAAGCCAAGCAAAUAUAUGGCUAUUUGAAGACACUGUUUUAAUUACUGGAAAAUUAGCUGAUGCCAAAUCUCAACCAAGUGUUCAGUUUUCAAAAGCCUUAAUUAAACUUCCCGACAACCAUCAUAUUAGCAACGUUACCGGCUAUCUUACAGUUCUACAACAGUUUUUGAAAGUGGACAAUUUUCUGCAUACAACUGGAAUUACUCUCAAUAAACCAGGUUUUGAAAACAUUGAAUUGACUCCUCUUGCUGCAAUAUGUGUGAAAAUAUAUUCUGGAGGAAAAGAACUAAAGGUCAAUGGCUCUAUUCAGAUUUCUCUUCCUCUUCUACGUCUGAAUGAUGUAAGUGCAGGGGAUCGCAUACCUGCUUGGACAUUUGAUAUGAACACAGGUGCUUGGGUAAAUCAUGGUCGGGGAAUGGUCAAGGAACAUAACAAUCAUUUAAUCUGGACAUAUGAUGCACCACAUUUGGGCUACUGGAUAGCAGCUCCACUUCCAGGAACUAGAGGUUCAGGUAUAAAUGAAGAUUCCAAGGACAUAACUGCCUACCACACAGUGUUUCUUACAGCCAUAUUAGGAGGAACAAUAGUCAUUGUCAUUGGAUUUUUUGCUGUACUACUUUGUUAUUGCAGGGAUAAGUGUGGUACUCCACAGAAAAGAGAAAGAAAUACCACUAAACUUGAGGUCCUCAAGAGAGACCAGACAACUUCAACAACACACAUAAAUCAUAUCAGUACAGUUAAAGUUGCAUUAAAAGCUGAGGACAAGUCGCAGUUAUUCAAUGCCAAAAACUCCUCAUAUAGUCCUCAGAAAAAGGAACCAUCAAAGGCAGAAACAGAAGAAAGAGUUUCCAUGGUAAAAACUCGGGAUGAUUUUAAAAUCUACAAUGAAGAUGUUUCAUUUCUAUCAGUCAAUCAAAAUAAUUACUCAAGAAACCCAACACAGUCUUUGGAGCCCAAUGUAGGGUCCAAACAACCUAAACAUAUUAACAACAAUCUAUCUUCAUCUCUAAGUGAUGCUCAAGAUGAAAAGAGGUAUCUCACAGGUAAUGAGGAGGCGUAUGGGCGUUCCCAUAUUCCUGAACAGCUUAUGCAUAUUUACAGCCAACCCAUUGCCAUCCUUCAAACAUCUGACCUUUUCUCCACACCGGAACAACUACAUACUGCUAAGUCAGCUACUUUGCCAAGAAAGGGACAGUUAGUCUAUGGCCAAUUGAUGGAACCAGUAAAUCGAGAGAACUUUACGCAGACCUUGCCCAAAAUGCCAAUUCAUUCUCAUGCACAGCCCCCAGAUGCCAGGGAGGAGGAUAUCAUACUUGAAGGUCAACAGAGCCUGCCAUCCCAGGCUUCAGAUUGGAGCCGAUACUCAAGCAGCUUACUGGAAUCCGUCUCUGUUCCUGGAACACUAAAUGAGGCUGUUGUAAUGACUCCAUUUUCAUCGGAACUUCAAGGAAUUUCAGAACAGACCCUCCUAGAGCUGUCCAAAGGAAAGCCCUCUCCCCAUCCCAGAGCCUGGUUUGUGUCUCUUGAUGGAAAGCCAGUUGCACAAGUGAGGCACUCCUUUAUAGACCUGAAAAAGGGCAAGAGAACCCAGAGCAAUGACACCAGUCUGGACUCUGGGGUGGACAUGAAUGAGCUUCACUCAAGUAGAAAGCUCGAGAGGGAGAAAACAUUCAUCAAAAGCAUGCAUCAGCCCAAGAUCCUUUACUUAGAAGAUUUAGACCUAAGCAGCAGUGAGAGUGGAACCACCGUCUGUUCCCCUGAGGACCCAGCUUUAAGGCACAUCCUAGAUGGAGGGAGUGGAGUGAUCAUGGAGCACCCUGGAGAAGAGUCCCCAGGAAGGAAAAGCACUGUUGAAGAUUUUGAAGCUAAUACAUCCCCCACUAAAAGAAGGGGCAGACCACCACUAGCCAAAAGAGAUAGCAAGACUAACAUCUGGAAGAAGCGAGAGGAACGCCCACUGAUUCCCAUAAAUUAACUCCAACGGGGAUUGUGUGUCUGCUGUCUCGUGCUGUUUAUUCUUGCUUCUUGUUGUAAAUUGCAGUAUGAACUUAAGAAAAUGAGACUGAGCAAUCUCAUGGUUCUUGGACAUGUCUCAAGCAGAGUAAAUGGUAAUUCAGUAAUCAGAGAGAGAUACCAAGGAGUGCUCUUUCUGGCCUAUUCAUUUAUUUUUGGGUGAUGAAUUUACAGUAUCCAAGUUUUCAAAAUGUAAAAUAGCAUCAAGAUGUUAGUUAUCUGAAAAUGUUGCUCACCCAGCCAGUUUGGCCUUGACUCUCUUAAGAAUAACAGUGAAAUAUAUACUCCUCAAGUUGCCUCCAAAAAUGUUGCCUCUACCAUGGUGACUACCCCAUGGAACAUUUAGAAACAAAACUGACUUCAGGCAUCAUAUUAUUUUAAAUGUUACUAUUACGUCUUCUUCUGCCUAUACUUAAAAAUAACUUGAUAAAUGACUCGGACUGAUGUUACUCUGGAGUUACCACAAAGAAAAUGUUGUUUGGUCUUUAAAGAGCAUGUGUAUUUUCUCAUCCCAAACGUAAAUCCUACAUUUAUAUAAGAUGGGCAAGAAGCUACUUGGUCAUUAGAGAGGGAGACACCAGCUCUUUGGUUGUUUUUGGAUAUAACUUUACAAAAUAAGAUGUUAAUUUGUAAUUUAGAAAUUUGAGAAAUUAAUGCUCUAAUACUGAGUUUUUAUUUAAAAAGUAUUUUUUCUUCCCCUCAACAAUGAAGCAAGCUUAGCUGUCAAGGAAAACUUUUUACAAAUCUGAAAAAAACAAUCUAUGACUUUGGUUUAAGGUUCACUGAUACUUUUAGGCUAAAUUGGUUUUAAUAUAUUUCUUCUAUUCUAAAAACCUGAACUCAGUCACUUAAAGGCUAUGAAAUUAAAAAAAAGAGUCAAUGAUGUGAAAGUUUCUUUUGAGCACUAAAAUAAAAUAUGUGGAGAUAAAAUAAACAUUGAUUUAUUUUUCUUAAAUGUUGAUGAGAAGAAAAAGAAAUGCCAUUUUCCUGAGGCUGAAAAAUACCUUCAGGAUAGUAGUUGUAUAUCCAGAUACUGAUUUUCUUAAAAGAUGUUUAAGGAAAACAGUUUCAAUUUCAGGGGAAAAGUAAAAGUUUUUCCCUAAGUCACUUACAGCCUUUGCAACUUCUUUUUUCAGUUUUGUAAGUAAUAUAUCUGUAUUCUUUUCAUCAUAGCAAGCAUUCAAUGUGAACAACUUUUUAAUUAACUCUGAUUUACCAUUCAUACAUCCUAAAAAUAAAAGCUCAUUAUUCAUUAAAAUCAACUGAUCCCAUUUUUCUUAAAAUUUCCCUGAAGGCAAAUGUCUGAAGCACCUUUCCCUUGUGGGGGUAAAAAUCCUAAAUUGCUUUAUUUUUCAUUCCCUAGUAUUCAACAUGGGAGCAACAUAGAAACCCAAACCACGUAAACAAGUUCAGUGAACCAAAAUAGCCACAUUAGCUUCAGUAAAAUUAUAGCUAGAUGUGCAAUUUUUUCCUCCAACUUCUAACGUGUCAAAUAACGUUCCUACUGUUCUGUGUUAACCCAAAGAACAUAAAGACCGUAGGCAAAUAUUGCUAUAUAUUACCCCAAUCCAUAGAAGAAAUAAAUGUUUUGGGUAAUACCUAGGCUUCCUUUUUUUUUUUUUUUUUUUUAUAGUGAUAAGGCUCAUAACAAUUAGAGAAGGCUUCUUAUUGGUCUUACACAGAAAGAUACAUCAAAAGCAGCAUGACUCAAAAUGAUUUGGAAAAGGUUAAAGUUAGUAAGUUAGUGCUCUGCUGAAGUGCCUUUGAUAUAGACUUGCAUUAUUAGAAGGAUAUAACAUCUUUUUUAAGUGUGCAUUUUCUUUCAGUUAACCAAAUUAAACAGAUGUGCAGUUUUAUUAAAAAUAUAGACCUAGUGUUUCAUGUUGGAACAAUAAAUAUUGCAUGUGAGUAGUAUUUCUUGUUUUUUGAAUAUAGUAUAUAUUGAUAAAUUGUUUAUGUGGGAAUGAAGUUAGAAACUAUAUAGCAAAACAUUAUAUUUUAAGUGUUUAUUUUUCCCACCUUUAAAUAAAAAUGUUUCAUCUCAGCUUGGUAAUGAAAUACACAUAUUGGUGUAAAGGUAUACCAUUCAGGUAUGCCACUUAUUUUAUUCAUUUUUGUGUAAGGGAAAUGAGAUGAUGUAUCCCAAGGGCUUUUCUAGAACUACUUGUUUGGUUUCAGAAUAAAACCUUAUUAUUUUUUACACUGCACAUGCUGUUCUCAAUUGGUAAUUAUAGGCAAUUUAUCUUUUCUAAUGAUCAAAAGAGUGUGACUUCUCAUUUGUGAGUAGUUCACAAAUUUCCUGUUAAAAAGCUGAAGCCAUCCAUUUUUUCUUAACUCAAGUGAUAAUAAACAAUAUUCACAACUUUCUUAAAUUUUUAAAUUGAAAACCAAGGUUUUUUCAAAGAUAAACCUAGAUGAUUUUGGUCACAAAUUGUUAACAUUUGUUGAUCCUUUGUAUAUACUUUGGAUAUAUAUUAAAGGCAAAACUAUCUCUCAACUAACUGAUGGAUUCAUUUACUAAAGCACAGCUAUAUGUAUUUUUGAAUACAUAUUAUGAUCUUGAGACUUUAUAGAUCAAUUUUUAUGACUUUAUGCAGUUGUAUAGGGAUUAUGCCCUUUUAUAAUACAUAAUAUACCACAAAGAUCACAAAUGUUGAGGAAUGAAAGCACUUCUUUGCUUUGGCAAUCAUUUUUAGACCACUAUGUGUUUGAAUCCUCUGGUAUCAAUACGUAUUAUAGGGUUUUAGAGAUCUGUGGGUCAAAUGAUGUCCCUCAAAACUUCCCAGAAAGGUGAAGCUCGAAGUCACACAUUCAUUUAUAAGGCGCAUGAGUUUCUCAUUUUCCCAUGUACCAGCACUGUAAAGGAAUUCAGCUGUAUUAAUUUCUAUUUCAGAUCUAGAAUUGACAUUUUGCCUUCUUGUUUCCAGGUGUUUCUAUUUUUUGUAUUCUUUCAGAGAAAUCUCAUAUUUCGGUGUAUUUAUUGCUGUUACUACUAUAUUUACUGCUGAAAACUAACAACCUGAAGAUUUGUAAAAUGUUAAACAUAGUUCAUUAAAAAUAAUAAAAUAAAUCUAAAAUGUA